UCUGAAAAUGAGGGUUUCCUCGAACUUGUGACUGCUGAAUUGGGCGAAGAAGACCUUAACUCACCGUUCUGCUACACCAAUGAAUUCGGAUACAACAAGAAUAGACUCACUUGUGUGCUGUCGGUUGAGGCGGAGCUCCGACUUCUCGAGGAUCCAGGCUGUCCGAAAGAGUCGUCUGAAAGGCAUCUGAUCGAGGCAAGUGGUGCGACUAUGCUUUGUGCUGGUUUCACGGCCGGGCUGACAUUUUGUGUGUACCCUCACUAA